AUGGAGGAUUCUUCUGGUUCAAAGAGAAACACUUUAUCUUUCUUUAGUUCUCCCAAGUUGUUUACGAAUUUUACCUCGAAAGGUUUUCAUGAAACGGAAACAAGUAUGAUGAGUCCAACUUCGAUUCUCGAUAGUAAAACUUUUAAUGGUUUCAGAAAGAAUCAUUUUUGGUCUGAAUCGAGAAAUAGUGUUGGAAAACAAGAACACAAACGUUGUUGUUGGGAAAAACACGAGUCAAAGGUUGUUGUCGGUCUUGGUUUAGUUGAUGUUCUUGUCGACGAUGAGAAAAACAGUGAAGUGAAUUCGAAGGUGGAAAACAGAACGGUUCUGUUCGGAUCUCAGUUGAAGAUUCAGAUCCCGUCUUUUUCUUCUUCAUCUGGAAAUCCUCAUAUGGGUUCUUCUGACGGAAGCUUUGCAGUCUCUCCUGUUGGAAAAUCUUCAUCUGGGUGUGGUGGUGGUGGUGGUGGUGGUGGUAACUCUGGUGUUGAAAUUGAGAACAUGAAUUCUGGUAAUGGAGUUUUCAAAGGGUGUGUUUCUGCAAGUGAAAUGGAGCUUUCUGAGGAUUAUACUCGUGUGAUUUGUCAUGGCCCGAAUCCGAGAACAACUCAUAUAUUUGAUAAUUGUGUAAUUGAGAGUAGUUGUUUUGAUUUUGGAUGCUCUGUUUCUGUUAAAGAGAAUGAGUUUUGUUUUCAUAAUUUUCUCACUUUCUGUUUUUACUGCAACAAGAAUCUUGACCAGGGUAAAGACAUCUACAUGUACAGGGGUGAGAUGGCAUUUUGCAGCCAUGAAUGCCGUAGCCAGGGGAUGUCCAUAUUGGAAGCCAAGGAAGUUCACGAGACAUAA